ACGGCGUCGUAUCAAUCCGUCCACUGCACAUAAAGAUAUUCGCCGUGCGACACGAUAAACUGAACUACUCCUACAAUCAACGAUAUAUUGAUUCUCUUCUCUCUUCGGUAGCAGAAGGAACAAAGCGAAAGAAAGAAAAUCAAUGGCGUCCAAGGACAAGAAAUCAUCAAAUCCCUCCUCCAGCAGAGCUGGCAGAAUCCGUACACUCUCCGAUCUCAACCGCCCGUCCGUUGACUCCGACUCCGACUCCGAUGAACCUCAGGAGUAUUACACCGGCGGCGAGAAGAGUGGAAUGCUUGUCCAGGAUCCCUCAAAGGGUAAUGACGUGGAUGCAAUUUUCAAUCAAGCAAGGCAACUUGGAGCUGUAGAAAGGCCUAUUGAUCAACUUCAGGAGCCACCAAGGUCAACAAGCUUUACUGGAACUGGCAGGUUACUCUCAGGGGAAACUGUACAAUCUGCUUCUCAGCAACCCGAGGCUGUUGUUCAUAACAUUGUUUUUUGGACUAAUGGUUUCACUGUAAAUGAUGGGCCUUUGAGGAGUUUGGAUGACCCUGAAAAUGCUUCAUUUUUAGAGAGCAUAAAAAAAUCCGAGUGUCCAAAAGAGCUUGAACCUGCAGAUAGGAGGUCGUCUGUCAAUGUUAAUCUCAUAAGGAGGAAUGAGAAGUAUCCUGAACCCGAGAAGCGUCAUGUUGCAUUUCAAGGUUUGGGAAGAACUCUAGGAAGCAGCUCUUCUUCAGGAUCACCAGAGCCAAGCUCAACUCCUCCCAACACUGCUCCAACCCCUUCUGCCGGCCUGGUGGUGGAUCAGUCAUUGCCAACAACCUCAAUACAGCUCAGGUUGGCCGAUGGAACCCGCUUGAUAUCACGCUUCAAUUAUCACCACACGAUUGGCGACAUCCGUGGCUUCAUUAACGCCUCUAGACCUGGGGGUGCAGGUAAUUAUCAACUUCAGGUGAUGGGUUUCCCUCCAAAGCUUCUCUCCGACGAAACUCAGUCUAUAGAGCAGGCAGGACUGGCAAAUUCGGUUGUCAUCCAGAAAUUCUAGCAGCUGUACAAAGGCUGCUGUUACGUCACAGGGGUCUUUACUGGCAUAAAUGCUGCUGUAUUAAUGUGAACCAGUUUUCUACUGAUAGAACCUAUCAGGGUUUUUCCAUAGUGAGUUUUGAUGAGGGAUUUCGGCGUGUUGUCCUUUAACUGUCAUUAUCAAAAGAAACAGGGUGGGUGCGGGUUCAUAUUUUCUUGUUGCCUAAAAUUUUAUGAUGUUUUCUGUUGCUUUAGGUUCAGUUAGAUGGCUUGGCGUUUCGGCCCAAAUGUAUGUGGAAAAGGGUAUCAUAAUUGUGUUUUUGCUAUCAACUUGCUGAGCCUAAUGGCUGAAUUUUGAAGUAUACAUUGAACACUUGGUUGAACUCGAAA